UCGCGCUGCCGCAGAGGGCUACGUAGGCGCGCGGAAGCACUUCCCACAGGUUUCCGCCAUUACUGCCGGACGGCUGCAGCCUCAGCCCACCUUAUCGUUACCGUUCAGGCGGAAUUCAGCCUGGAAAACAGCAGCUGAUGUCGUUCGGUGGCACACAGAAUGGCGGUCGCCGCAGUAAAUGGGACCAGCCUGGUCCAGGUUCUGUGGCGGAGAGUGAGACGGCUCCCACCGGAGCUCUGGACGCCGCUGCUGCUGUUGCAGCCAAAAUCAACGCCAUGCUGGUAGCCAAGGGCAAGUUGAAACCAUCACAGAUUGGGAUACCAGGGCCUGCAGAUAAAGCUGCAGGAGCUGGAAAGGCAAUGCCGGCAAUGAAGGCCAAGGAUGACCUGGUGGUGGCAGAGGUGGAGAUCAAUGAUGUCCCACUGACCUGUCGUAACCUGCUCACCCGCGGGCAGACACAGGAUGAGAUCAGCAGAGUGAGCGGGGCUGCAGUAUCCACAAGGGGGCGGUACAUGACAGCUGAAGAAAAGGGCAAAGCUCUGCCAGGUGACCGUCCUUUGUAUUUGCAUGUCCAGGGACAAACAAGAGACCUUGUUGAUAGGGCUGUGAACAGGAUUAAGGAGAUCAUCACCAAUGGGGUAGUCAAGGCAGCCACCAGCUCCAGCUCCUCUUAUAAUGGAGCCACCGUCACCGUCUACCAUCAGCAUGCCCCUCCACCCCCCUCAUUACCACCUAUGGGGCACAAGCCACACUUUCAGUCAGGGAUGCACUAUGUGCAAGACAAGGUGUUUGUUGGUCUGGAACACGCUGUCCCUGGUUUCUCAGUGAAAGAGCGUGUGGAAGGCCCUGGUUGCUCUUAUCUGCAGCACAUCCAAGCAGAGACGGGUGCCAAAGUGUUCCUCAGGGGCAAGGGUUCUGGCUGCCUCGAACCCGCUUCUGGCCGAGAAGCCUUUGAACCUAUGUACAUCUACAUAAGUCAUCCCAAGCCUGAAGGCCUGGCUGCAGCCAAGACCCUGUGUGAAAACCUUCUCCAGACUGUACAUGCAGAGUACUCCCGCUUCCUCAGCCAGAUGAACGCCAUGAUGCCAACUCAGGGGUUUAUUCAGCCUCCUGCUGUAAAUGGGAUGCCCCCACAGCCUCCUUACUACCCUCCUGCAGGGUACCAGCCAAGCUAUCCACUGCCCGUGCCUCCCCCACAGCCAGUCCCUCCUCCAUACACAGUGCCCCCUCCUGUACCCCCCGGGCCAACAGCAGUCAUGCCCCCACCAAGUACACAGUACUCUGUCACCCCUGCGCCUGCCUCUGUCCCGCAGCCUCUCCCACCUGCACCUUUCCCUCCCUCAGUACCAGUCCAGCCAAAAGCCACACCUCCUGUGGUUCCAUCCAAUCCCCCGCAGAAGCGACGCUUCACUGAGGAGGUGCCAGAUGAGCGGGAUAGUGGACUCUUGGGAUACCAGCAUGGACCCAUUCAUAUGACUAAUUUAGGUGCAGGCUUCUCUGUGGGCAGCCCAGAGGCUUCAGGACCCCCGGCAGGUGGUUCCCCUGGGCCACUAAGGGAAAGGGACAGGCAGUUAAUGCCUCCACCACCGAUGCCAGUUAAUGGAGUACGGCCCAAGACAGAGGAAAGGAGGGCAGUAACUGGAUCCUUGGAGCCAGCAGCGAAGCGUGUAAAGACUGGGCUAGUGGCCUACACAGGGGAUUCCUCAGAUGAAGAAGAGGAGCAUGUAACCUCCAAAGCGACCGGGACAGGUAUGGGGGCAGCAGGUGCCUCCUCAGGUUGGGCGCUGGGCUACCGCUGCCCCCCUCCUCCUGGCCCCCGUGCCAAAACACAGGGCCAGCAGCCCAUGCCAUUUUGGAUGGCUCCGUAAGAAGCAAGACUAACAAACUGGCAGAAUUAUGACCCCCACUGCACUAUCGUAGCACCAUAUUUUCCCUUUAAAGUUUGGGAUGUUUUGGUCUUUUUUUUCCCCCCCUGCAACAAAUUAUCCAUUUUUUGUAGUGACUGUGCUCAUAGUGGGGAAAGUAUAUGAGAAAUGGAAUUCAGUUGCUGAUCAUCUCAAUUGAAGAGGAACUGGAAUUUUCCAUGCCAAUGUUGGCCUCAGUAGUGCCUGCAGGGACAAGCCGCAGAUUUUUCGUGUGGUCCUGGCUGGAACCAGUGGAGCACUGUAGCCCAAAGGGCCUAUGAGAUUGGGUACAGUACAGGAAGAUGAAGAAGAUAAUGAUGACAAUGAUUUUUGUAGAUGUCCUUCCUCAAUCGGCUGUACAAGCAUGAUGAAUUUGUCAUCCCCCGACAUCUUCCUGCCUUUCACUGCUUUCCCUGCCUCUCCCAUCUCCCAAUGUGAUGUAAUGUCCUUGGGGACCUAUGGCAGAUUUCCUCCAAAGGAUCCAACAGCUGAGUAAAGUUGUAAAGAAAUACUUGUUGGAUUUCAUUUUACCAUGUCACCUGUGUACU